UCACUCGUCGCCGCUCACUCAUCGGCGCACUCAGUCUUCGGCGGCGUGGCAGAGGGACGCGUUCUUCUCCGUACCGGCUCCGUCGACGACGAUCCUCGACGCGUUUCGGCCACUCUGUUCUCAUACGUCAGCGCCGUCGUUGCCUACCACUACAACAACAGCAGCAGCCGCCGUUAACGGCCAUCGUAAGUUAAGGUGAGAGCUGCUGAGUUUCGUACAUGAGGAACGAACAGACACCCGAGGAUAACGCGGAAUCGGAACGCACACUCAACCGUCAGGAUCCAGGAUAUAUGGACUACACUCCGCUGACGAUCCUCCAGCAGAGAUUGAACGCGCUCGAGAGCAAUUACAGUGCCCAGAACCCGCAUGAUGACAGUAUCAUCGCGCCCAGGAUCGCCAGAGUCUCCCCCAUGUCAACAGGAUCAGACAACGCGCUCGGGGGGCUCCCGUCCAUUAAUUAUCAGGCCUCCGCAACCUUCGACAUCUCGGCGCUCCAGCUCCCGAACCCCACCGCCGCCACGUUCUCCAACGCCGCCGCCGCAGUGGCUGCUGCGUCCCCAGUCGCCACCAUGCGUUCAGCUGUUCACGUCGCCUCCAACCCCGCCUCAUUCUCCACCGCGUCCUCCAACACCGCCACAUACUCCUCCUCGCCGAUCAGGAACAACACAGCCACGCAACCGCCCUUAUACUGCAUAGCCUCCAUGGCCAGGAACUACUACGGCGCUGAUGCCGCCUACAACUCCGACACCGAAUCCACCACCAGCGCCGAAACCCUCUCCGCCAGCGAACACGACUAUGACGAGAUCCCGCCUUUCCGUCGCCGCGCACUUGCACUCGACAUCCGUGACGCCGCCGCGGCCAUCGUGGCCACCGCGGCCGUCCGUCGCCGUGCAUUAGACGAGGAUGAAGACGAGGACAUGACCGAGGGCCCGGUGCCGCGCAAGAGAGCCAAGCGAUCGAUGCAUCACGUGAACUCGGAGGACAGGGUCGAAGGAAACGGCAGUGGCGUCGGCGGGAACGGCAGCGACGACAUUACGGAUUUUUAGCUAUGAUGAUGAUAACGUUUUUGAUCGACGGCUUCAAUAAUGCCCAAAGUGGUUUUAAACAUUUUAUACAACUUUUCCGAUAUUAUAUAACUAUUUGCCGUCGACAAAUUUUCGAUUUUUUUGCUAUUAUUAUUUGCAUUUUAAUAUUUUAUUUUAUAGAUUAUGCUUUAAAUCGUUACGUUUCGUUAGAGCCACACGUCCAUGCAUAGUAAUAUUGUUCGUAGAAAACGUUCUAGCCGUGCCAUACCGAUAAAUAUUGGUAUACAAAACGUGGUACUUACAUUAUCCGUCCGCACUUCGUGGCGACCACUCUAAUUCAUAAAAACUCUACUUCUCGAUAACUGGUGCAAACAGUUCAUGACUCAAUAAUAUUAUAGUGUAACAUAAAUCGUUUUUGAAAAACGCCGUUUUUUUCCAAGUGGUACGAAAAAAGUUGUAAUUGUUUUAAAAAUGCCUGAGUGGUUUUUAUGUUGUUUCUUUUUUUCAAAACUUGUACACAACUUUUUUCGUGACCGAGUGGACGAAAAGAACGGAUGAUCAAAAAACUGACGCGGAAAAAAUAUGUCCGUCUUCCGCGUCCGCAAAAGUUUUUCGUAAACGCCAUUUUUUUCCCAGUGGUACGAAAAAAGUUGUAAUUGUUUUAAAAAUGUCUGAGUGGUUUUUAUGUUGUUCCUUUUUUUCAAAACUUGUACACAACUUUUUUCGUGACCGAGUGGACGAAAAGAACGGAUGAACCGCAAACGGUUUUCGCGAACGAUUCGCAAUGUAUAAUUGACGUGUGGCUCUUAUUUUUUUUAUUACGAUUAUAUUAUUAAUACAUUUAUUACGUCCGAGCUCGGCGUAAAAGCUUAAAAAACUACGCGAUAUUGUCGAAAGCUCAUAUUAUCAUGCUCUCGUUUACCGUAAAAUAAUAUUUUACAUAUUUUACAUAUUUUACACUACAAUGUGCCCGUUGUAUUAUUAAUUUGUGAAUUUUUUUUAGAUAUUUUUCAAUUGAAUCCGUGAGACAAUCACACAGAAUAAUAUCUCAAUAAUAACGAAUUCGGUAAACCUGCAGCAAUGAUCGUUCGACGCUUAUUUUCUAAUAUUUUAACGAUUGUAAAAGUACCCAUAUUUUAUAGGCUUUUAAUAAUAAUAUUAUGCGUGUACUUACUCGUGUACCGUCGUUUCGAGGCGGUGCCUUUUUUUUUAAUAAUAAUUAAUUCGACAUUAUAUGCUUUUUAAUAUCUA